CCUGGUAUUUUUGUUGAUGUUAUUGAGCGGUAGCCAUGUUGGCUAAGCUGCUUCUUUUAGUCGUUUAUUUCCUUGUAGUGUUUUUAACAACUCGAAUUCUCGAUGCCACAUCGAGCUGGCUUGAAGCUGGAUGUCUUGCUACACAUUUUUUCGACCCUUUUACGCUUAGCGUACGGAAACUCAAAGCAAUUCUAGAACGAMGAGGUGUUAGUUAUACCGGGAUUGUGGAAAAGAAUGAGCUUGUUGAUCUUGUAGAGGCGUCGGGAGCAGUGAUAGAGCCCGAUCUAUCGGAGCAGGAUCAUCUAGAGUCAGAGGAAAGAGAAGAAAAGGUUGAAUUCUCGGGGGCUUCGCACUUCUUUGAAGAAGUAGAAGACACGAAAGCAGGGAGUUGGCUUGUUGAAGUUAUUCCUCAAGGUUAUGGCCCUUCAUUAACAGCUAAACAGUGGAAGGCAUUAAAACGUAAAGUAGCAUGGUUUGGCAUAAGAAUUGGGACAUUUCGAUGUGAGAAUGACCCAUGGCUUUGUCGUAAAUAUAAAUGGAAAAAAUCAGCCAUUAUUCUGUCUAUGCCUCAAAGUAACCAGCCAAAAGGUAACGUCAUAUUCCAAACUUAUCAAUCCACAAGCAGACCCAAUGUGGACUAUGUCUACCGCUGGGUGAAUUCAAGACUAUCGACUAAAGUCCACGAGAUAGAAGAUUUGAGUKAUUUUCGUCAGAGUCUAAAGGCUGAWUUGGAAAAAAAUUACAUAUAUGUUGUGCUUUUUACGACCCUUCCUGAACCCCCAAUGUACCUAACAUCGUUAUCAAUCAAAUUCACUGGUAGAGUCCAAUUUGCUUACUACAAAUCCACAGCUAAGGAUUACUCAAAAGAACUCGGGGAAUUUGGAAUAAAAAGAAUACCAACUCUUAUGUUGUUAACCCCCGAAAAAGAAUUUGUUUUUGGAUUUAGAAAAGGAGAACAGAUAGAUUAUAAAACYAUGGAUUUAUUUUUAAAAACUAUGCAUCCUGAAGUAAAUGAUAUUUUCCUUGGUGCACUGGUUGCAGUGAACUUGUCCUGCUUACUUGAAGUGUUUAUAAUGAGAGGAGGAUUGCUAAGAAGAACAUUUCAAUUGAUGUGUAUUUUGACAUUCUACAACACAAGUCUGAUAUUACUUUCACUCCCAGUCAUUGGUUUGUUCCAACUUCCUGGUCUAUCACCAGUACUUGAUGUUGGACUAAAACUAUGUCGUUCUGUCAUGACAACUGACCUGGCUGCUACCAUACGCAAUGACUUUUUAUUAUGUGCUAAAUACAGAGGUGCRGCRGUGACRGGCUUUGUGAUAUUUGGGCUKUUUGUCGGCUGGAUGAAAAAGAAAUGGAAAUGGUAYUUUAAUGGAAGKGAUGAUGAAAAUGAUACUGAUCCGAAUGCUGACUGGCUAACACAAGACCUUAGCUACUUCUCACAACUAGCUCAGUCAUUCUCAUAUUGGAAUCCACAAAUGAACUACACAUCUACCAGUUUUGAAGAUGGUUUUGAAAUGCUUGUCAGACGGUUAGCUGUCCCUGAUCUUUGGCUACAACCUGUGUUUCCAACUGACUACAUUCAACACUUACCUACAUGGUCUUUUUGCWGURAAGAUGGCUSCCAUGGGGACAMAAAUCAAGAGGAYAACCCUGGUACAACACUCUGUCAACARUAUGGUAAACCAACAUGGAUGCUYACWUGYAMUGACUGUGCUAUUUGUCUAGAAGCCUUUAGCUGUGGUACAACUUUAUUAGGCUUACCAUGUGGCCAUUCAUUCCAUCAAAAGUGCAUAUGCAUGUGGUUGACAAGUGGUAACACAGUGGCACAUCAUUGCUGCCCUAGCUGCCGACGACCUGCAUACAUGCGCAAACAUAGGGAACCAUGUCAAGGUCAAACAGUUAACAAUUACUUGUAAUAGAUCAAGGAAAUUAUUUGGUUAUAUCAAAAUACUAGUGGCUGUGUUACACUAAUACUAUAGUAACUUGGGGUUGUAUGUUAAAACUAAUAAGCUGAUUAAAUCAAGGCAAGCUGUCAAUGUGCAUGGCAUUCAAAUGAUUAAUAUUGUUACUCAUACAAUUAAAAAUUUCAUGAUUGUCACAAAAAUUUGUAGUUUGCCAAAAUUUGAAUAUACUUGUGCAGUUUUAUUGCAUUUUUGACUUCUGUUUAUUGRUGGAAGUGUUAUUCAUGCUGAAUUGCAGUUUCAAAUAAAAAUUCAUGUGAAAAAUAAAAGGUUUUCUCCAUUGAA